GAGGGCAAAAUGGUAACUCAAAUUGGAUGUAGCUAUGCACGUAGGAGACGUAAUAUGAACUGGUGAUCGAGGGCAAUAUGAAAUUUAAAUGCGAGGGAGGGCGAGGGCUUCUAUAUCUAUUCUAUUUUCUAUAUAUACAAACCACAUGGGGAUCGGUCGAUGAUAAAAUUAUUACGAAGGAAGGAGAGCUACAAAGACACAAAAAGAAGAUGGUGAGCUACUUUUGCGGCUGGCACAAGCUUGUGAAUGAUUUCAUCUACAAACUAGUUCUGCUAAACCUGUUGAUAUGCAGCUGCCUCAGCCUCAGCAGAUCAGUUUCUAUGGACUCGGCCGCCGAUAUUGAUGAUCAAGUACUAGUGAACAACAAUAACCCAUUAGACCAACUCAUGUCCAGCCAACAAGAUAUGGUCCAAAUUGCUGGAUAUGGAGAAGAGAAGCUUUCCACCGUCCUAAUUACAGGCUCCGUCCAUUGCGAGGAGGCUUGUAAUAAUUUGCAUGCUCAAACUCAUCAUCCUGAUCAUCAACUUCAUCUUCAUGCAUGGCCUCUCUCAGGUGCUUUGGUGUCUGUGAAUUGCCAUGUUAGUGGGAGAAAAAGAAAAUCAAGCUUCGCACAAGGCUUUACAGAUGAAUUUGGGGAUUUCAUUAUUGAUCUUCCUUCCAAUCUACAUGCAAUUCCCAACUUGCACAAAACAUGUUCGGUUAGGGUAGUUCGAAUACCAAAGAACACACAAUGCAGACCAGCUUAUGUCAGGAGGCACAAGGGACUGAAAUUAUCGUCAGUUGGUAACGGUAUCAGGACUUACAAUGCCGGAAAUAUAAGGUUCCAGCAUUUGACCUCUAAACCAUCAGAAGCAUGCAUUAAGAUGUUAUCAUCAUAGAUACUCAUUAAAUUGUAGACCGGGAUUCAGCACCACAGUUCAUCUGGAUGGCGCUUCAGUCACAGCAUUGACAUGCAGGGGUUCGAACCCAUUCUACUUAUCAGAUGUAAAGUAUAUACAGUUAUAGGAAACUAUGAUGACAGUUAUAUAAUGUAUGUAAAAACUGAAAAAAGAAAUCAUAUUUUGUUAUAUACGCCAACUUCAAGAGAUGAACA